AUGGGUGUCGGCCGCAGGGAGCCCGCGCGGCUCUGGGCCCUGGCCCUCGCCCUGGCCUGCGCCCAGCACACAGGCGGGGCCCAGCUCGGCUCUGCACCCAGCACGGAGCACCCGCACCUCCCUCCCGCCCCCCAGGGGCCCGGCGGCGACGCCCUCCGCGGGGUGACCAUCCUCCCGCCUCUGCGGACCGCCCCCGUGGUGCGCGCCCGGAACCCGGCGCACAGCGGCCGGGUCUGCAGCACGUGGGGCGACUUCCACUACAAGACCUUCGACGGCGACGUGUUCCGCUUCCCCGGCCGCUGCAACUACGUCUUCUCGGCGCACUGCGGGGCCGCCUACGAGGACUUCAACGUCCAGCUGCGCCGCGGCCCCGGGGCCCCCGCCGGCGCCCUGCGCGGCGUCACCAUGAAGCUCCGCGGCCUCGUCCUGCAGCUGACCCCCAACUCCGUCCUGGUCAACGGCCGCCCGACCCAGCUGCCCUUCAGCCAGUCGGGGGUCCUGGUCGAGCACAGCGCCAGCUUCCUGAAGGUGGUGGCCCGGCUGGGCCUGGUCUUCAUGUGGAACGAGGACGGCAGCCUCCUGCUCGAGCUGGACGCCAAGUACGCCAACCAGACCUGCGGGCUCUGCGGGGACUUCAACGGCGUCCCCGUCUUCGACGAGUUCUUCUCCCGCGGCACCAGGCUGAGCGCCGUGGAGUUCGGGAACCUGCAGAAGAUGGACGGCCCCACGGAGCAGUGCCAGGACCCCGCCCCCGCGCCCCCGGGGAACUGCUCCAUCGGCGCGGGCCUCUGCGAGGAGCUGCUGCUCGGCGAGCGGUUCCUGGGCUGCCACGCCCUGGUGGACGCCGGCAGCUUCGUGCGCGCCUGCCAGCAGGACCUGUGCCUCUGCGCGCACGCCGACCUCGCCCGCUGCGCCUGCCUCACGCUCGCCGAGUACUCCCGCCAGUGCGCCCACGCCGGCGGGCUGCCCCCGGACUGGCGGGGCCCCGGCCUCUGCCCCCAGACCUGUCCCCACAACAUGAGGUACCGGGAGUGCGGCUCGCCCUGCGCCGACACCUGCUCCAACCAGGAGCACUCCCAGCUCUGCGAGGACCACUGCGUGGCCGGCUGCUUCUGCCCCGAGGGGAUGGUGCUCGAUGACAUCGGCCAGACGGGCUGCAUCCCUGUGUCCCAGUGUCCCUGUGUGCACAGCGGGGCCACCUACGCCCCGGGGGCCACCUACUCCACAGACUGCACCAACUGCACCUGCUCCGGGGGCCGGUGGAGCUGCCAGGAGGUCCCGUGCCCGGGCACCUGCGCGGUGCUGGGAGGCGCCCACUUCUCCACCUUCGACGAGAGGCCGUACACGGUGCACGGGGACUGCAGCUAUGUGCUGGCCAAGCCCUGUAACAGCAGCGCCUUCACCGUGCUGGCCGAGCUGCGCAGGUGCGGCCUGACGGACAGCGAGACCUGCCUGCGGAGCCUGACGCUGAGCCUGGAGGGGGGGCGGACGGUCGUCGAGGUCAAGGCCAGCGGGGAGGUGCUUGUGAACCAGCUCGUCACCCAGCUGCCCGUCUCGGCAGCCGACGUCACGGUCCUCCGGCCCUCCACCUUCUUCGUGGUCGCGCAGACGCGCCUGGGGCUGCAGGCGGAGGUGCAGCUGGUGCCCACCAUGCAGGUGUUCCUGCGGGCGGCGCCCUCGCUCCGCGGCCGGACCUGCGGCCUCUGCGGGAACUUCAACCAGAACCAGGCGGACGACUUCCGCGCCCUCAGCGGCGUGGUGGAGGGCACGGCCGCCGCCUUCGCCAACACCUGGAAGACCCAGGCCUCCUGCCCCAACGUCAGGGGCGGCUUCGAGGACCCCUGCGCCCUGAGCGUGGAGAACGAGAAGUUCGCUCAGCACUGGUGCUCCGGGCUCACCGACCCGCAGGGCCCCUUCGCCCCGUGCCACGCCGCCGUGAGCCCCGGCCCCUACCACUCGAACUGCCUGUUCGACACGUGCAACUGCGAGAAGAGCGAGGACUGCCUGUGCGCCGCGCUGUCCGCCUACGUCCACGCCUGCGCCGCGCGGGGCGUGCUGCUCCGCGGCUGGAGGGCCGGCGUCUGCACGAAGCCCAUGGACACCUGCCCCCCGUCCAUGACCUACCGCUACCACGUCGAAGCCUGCCAGCCCACCUGCCGCGCCCUGAGCAGCCAGGACCCCGCCUGCGGCGUCAGCUUCGUGCCCGUGGACGGCUGCACCUGCCCCGACGGCACCUUCCUGGACGACGCGGGCAGCUGUGUGCCGGCCGCCAGCUGCCCCUGCUACCACGGGGACGCCGUGGUCCCCAACGGGGAGGCUCUGCACGAGCGGGGGGCUGUCUGCACCUGCACGCAGGGCACACUGACCUGCAUUGGAGGCAACACCCCGGACCCAGUCUGUGCCCCGCCCAUGGUGUACGUGGACUGCCGCAACGCCACGCCCGGGGCCGCGGGCGCCGGCUGCCAGAAGAGCUGCCACACCCUGGACAUGGACUGUUACAGCCCCCAGUGCGUGCCCGGCUGCGUGUGCCCCGCCGGGCUGGUGGCCGACGGGGAGGGCGGCUGCGUGGCGGCGGACGACUGCCCCUGCAUGCACAACGAGGCCAGCUACCGCGCCGGCCAGACCGUCCGCGUCGGCUGCAACACCUGCACCUGCAAGGGCCGGAAGUGGCAGUGCACGGAGCAGCCCUGCCUGGGCACCUGCGCCGUGUACGGGGACGGCCACUACCUCACCUUCGACGGGCAGCGCUACAGCUUCAACGGGGCCUGCGAGUACACGCUGCUGCAGGACCACUGUGGCGGGAACGGCAGCGCCCAGGACGCCUUCCGCGUGGUCACCGAGAACGUCCCGUGCGGCACCACGGGGACCGCCUGCUCCAAGGCCAUCAAGAUCUUCCUGGGGAGCUACGAGCUGAAGCUGAGCGAGGGGCAGGUGGAGGUGAUCGAGAAGGGCCUGGGCCAGGAGGCGCCCUACUCCAUCCGCCAGGUGGGCAUCUACCUGGUGGUGGACACCGCGGCCGGCCUGGUGCUGCUGUGGGACAAGAAGACCAGCAUCUUCCUCAGACUCAGCCCCGAGUUCAAGGGGCGGGUCUGCGGGCUGUGCGGGAACUUCGACGACAACGCCGUCAACGACUUCACCACGCGCAGCCAGUCCGUGGUGGGCGACGCCCUGGAGUUCGGCAACAGCUGGAAAUUCUCCCCGACCUGCCCCGACGCCCCGGCCCCCCGGGACCCCUGCACCGCCAACCCGUACCGCAAGUCCUGGGCCCAGCGCCGGUGCAGCCUCCUCAACAGCGCCACCUUCGAGGCCUGCCACGCCCACGUGGAGCCGGCCCAGUACUACGAGGCCUGCGUGAGCGACGCGUGCGCCUGCGACUCCGGGGGCGACUGCGAGUGUUUCUGCACCGCCGUGGCCGCCUACGCCCAGGCCUGCCGCGACGCGGGCGUGUGCGUGGCCUGGCGCACCCCGGACAUCUGCCCCCUGUUCUGCGACUACUACAACCCCGAGGGCCAGUGCGCGUGGCACUACCAGCCCUGCGGGGCGCCCUGCCUGCGGACCUGCCGGAACCCCCGCGGCCAGUGCCUGCACGACACGGGCGGCCUGGAAGGCUGCUACCCCAAGUGCCCGCCGGAGGCUCCCAUCUUUGACGAGGACGCCAUGCGCUGUGUGGCCACGUGCCCGACCCCGCCCCCGCCGCCGCCCUGCCAGGUCCAGGGCAAGUCGUACCGGCCGGGUGCGGUGGUGCCCUCGGACGAGAACUGCCACUCCUGCAUCUGCACGGAGAACGGCGUGCGGUGCGCCUACGACGCCGAGGCCUGUGUCUGCAGCUACGACGGGCGGCGCUUCCGCCCCGGAGACGUCAUCUACCACACGACCGACGGCACCGGCGGCUGCAUCUCCGCCCGCUGCGGGCCCAACGGCACCAUCGAGAGGACCGUGCAGGCCUGCGGCUCCAGCUCCCCCGCGCCCCCCACCCCCUUCUCCUUCUCCGCCACGGCUGUGCCGCCACCCCGCGUGUGCGGCACGCCCCGGGGACCGGCGCCCAUCGGGGACAGACAGCUGACAGCCGUGAGCUCCACGGGUCCGCCCGGCCCCGCCACGAGCCCGGCCUCCACCGGCACUCCCAGGCCGCGGCCUUCGACGGCCUCCGUCACCCCCGGCCCGGCCUGUGGGGAGGACUGCCUGUGGUCGGCAUGGCUGGACGUCAGCCGCCCGGGACGCGGCCUCGACAGCGGUGACUUCGACACGCUGGACAACCUCCGGGCCCACGGGCACCCGGUCUGCCAGGCCCCCAGGGCGGUGGAGUGCCGAGCCGAGCGCGCCCCUGACGUGCCGCUCCAGGUCCUGGGGCAGCAGGUGGAGUGCAGCCCGGCCGUGGGGCUGACCUGUUACAACAGGGACCAGGUCUCAGGGCUCUGUGACAACUACCAGAUCCGGGUGCUGUGCUGCUCCCCCCGGGCCUGCCCCACCUCCCGGGGCACCACCUCACCUGCCCCAGGCACCACCUCAACCUCAGCCCCAGGGCCCUCCGAGGUGCCCACCACCUGGCAGCCCAGCUCCAGCUCCUGCUGGCGGGAGUCCUGCAGCUGGACCGAGUGGCUGGACGGCAGCUACCCCGAGGCUGGGAUUAACGGUGGAGAUUUUGACACUUUUCAGAAUUUGCGAUCUGAAGGGUAUGCGUUCUGCGAGCGGCCCAGCCAGGUGGAGUGCAGGGCCGAGCGCUUCCCGGACACCCCGCUGGCGGAGCUGGGGCAGACCGUGGUCUGCAACGACAGCGUGGGCCUGGUGUGCCUCAACAAGGACCAGCUGCCCCCGAUCUGCUACAACUACCAGGUCCGGAUCCAGUGCUGCGAGCGGCUGGACGUGUGCAGAGAGAGGACCAUCCCACCGGAGUCAUCGCGGGCCACGCGCUCGACCACACACGGCGCCAGAACCCAAACCCAGGCCCCCCGGACCUCCACACAGCACUGGACUGCCAGCUCGGCCCGUGUGCCCCCGGCCACCGCAACCACGCCCGGCACACACGCUGUCACACCACGCGAGACCACGCGCUGCCAGCCACAGUGCACGUGGACCAAGUGGUUUGACGUGGACUUCCCGUCCCCCGGGCCCCACGGGGGAGACGUGGAAACCUACAGCAACAUCGUCCGCAGCGGAGAGAGGAUCUGCAGCCGGCCCGAGUACAUCGCUCACCUGGAGUGCCGAGCCCAGAGCCGCCCCGAGGUCAGCAUCGCCAGGCUGGGCCAGGUGGUACAGUGCAGCCCCGACGUGGGCCUGGUGUGCCGCAACCGCGACCAGGCGGGCCGGUUCCAGAUGUGCCUCAACUACGAGGUCCGCGUGCUGUGCUGUGAGCCCCGAGCGGGCUGCCCUACCUUCGAACCGGUCACAAUACCCAGCACCCCAAGUCACCACCUCCGUGCCGGCCACCAGCACCACCUCCGUGCCAGCCACCAGCACCACCUCCGUGCCAGCCACCAGCACCACCUCCGUGCCGGCCACCAGCACCACCUCCGUACGACCCUUCCCACGCCGGGCACCACCAGCUGCCAGCCACAGUGCACGUGGACCAAGUGGUUCGACGUGGACUUCCCGUCCCCCGGGCCCCACGGGGGAGACGUGGAAACCUACAGCAACAUCGUCCACAGCGGAGAGAGGAUCUGCAGCCGGCCCGAGUACAUCGCUCACCUGGAGUGCCGAGCCCAGAGCCACCCCGAGGUCAGCAUCGCCAGGCUGGGCCAGGUGGUGCAGUGCAGCCCCGACGUGGGCCUGGUGUGCCGCAACCGCGACCAGGCGGGCCGGUUCCAGAUGUGCCUCAACUACGAGGUCCGCGUGCUGUGCUGUGAGCCCCGAGCGGGCUGCCCUACCUUCGAACCGGUCACAACACCCAGCACCCCAAGUGUGAGCAUCACCAGUCCCACUGAGACCACCUCCCACGUGGCCACAUCGAGCACCACCUCCGUGCCGGCCACCAGCACCACCUCCGUGCCGGCCACCAGCACCACCUCCGUGCCGGCCACCAGCACCACCUCCGUGCCGGCCACCACCACCACCUCCGUGCCGGCCACCACCACCACCUCCGUGCCGGCCACCAGCACCACCUCCGUGCCGGCCACCAGCACCACCUCCGUGCCGGCCACCAGCACCACCUCCGUGCCGGCCACCACCACCACCUCCGUGCCGGCCACCAGCACCACCUCCGUGCCGGCCACCAGCACCACCUCCGUGCCGGCCACCAGCACCACCUCCGUGCCGGCCACCACCACCACCUCCGUGCCGGCCACCAGCACCACCUCCGUGCCGGCCACCAGCACCACCUCCGUGCCGGCCACCAGCACCACCUCCGUGCCGGCCACCAGCACCACCUCCGUGCCGGCCACCAGCACCACCUCCGUGCCGGCCACCAGCACCACCUCCGUGCCGGCCACCACCACCACCUCCGUGCCGGCCACCAGCACCACCUCCGUGCCGGCCACCAGCACCACCUCCGUGCCGGCCACCAGCACCACCUCCGUGCCGGCCACCAGCACCACCUCCGUGCCGGCCACCAGCACCACCUCCGUGCCGGCCACCAGCACCACCUCGGCUCCCAUAACCACCACAACCCCUGUUCCUGCACCUCAGACGACCCUUCCCACGCCGGGCACCACCAGCUGCCAGCCACAGUGCACGUGGACCAAGUGGUUCGACGUGGACUUCCCGUCCCCCGGGCCCCACGGGGGAGACGUGGAAACCUACAGCAACAUCGUCCGCAGCGGAGAGAGGAUCUGCAGCCGGCCCGAGUACAUCGCUCACCUGGAGUGCCGAGCCCAGAGCCGCCCCGAGGUCAGCAUCGCCAGGCUGGGCCAGGUGGUGCAGUGCAGCCCCGACGUGGGCCUGGUGUGCCGCAACCGCGACCAGGCGGGCCGGUUCCAGAUGUGCCUCAACUACGAGGUCCGCGUGCUGUGCUGUGAGCCCCGAGCGGGCUGCCCUCUCACCUCCGUGACCCCCUAUGUGACUGCUGCCAAGUCCCUGCCCACCACAGCGCCCUCCUCCGUGGUUCCUACGGUGACGACCCUCAGCACGGCCACGCCGUCAGUGCCGCCGUGCUACUGCAGCGUGUCCGACAAGCUGUACCCUGCAGGGUCCAUCAUAUACCAGGAGACGGACCUGGCCGGCCACUGCUACUAUGCCGUGUGCAGCCUGGACUGCCACGUGGUGCGGCAGGCGGACCACGCCUGUCCCACCAGCACGCCGCCUCCCACCCCGGCGACCCUCCCCCCUGGCUCUUCCUCUUCGGCCCCUGUGACUGUCACUCCGCCGGGCUGCCCCAGUGCGGUCCCCCCAAGAACGAGAGGAGAGACCUGGGCCAUGCCGAACUGCUCCCAGGCCACCUGCGAGGGCAACAACAUCAUCACCCUGGGGCCGCGGCCGUGCCCGCAGGUGCCCGCGCCGACCUGCGCCAACGGCUACCCUGCCCUGAAGGUGCCCGACGAGGAUGGCUGCUGCCAGCACUACCAAUGCCAGUGUGUGUGCAGCGGCUGGGGCGACCCCCACUACAUCACCUUUGACGGCACCUACUACACGUUCCUGGACAACUGCACGUACGUGCUGGUGCAGCAGAUCGUGCCCGUGUACGGCCACUUCCGCGUGCUCAUCGACAACUACUUCUGCGACGCCGAGGACGGGCUGUCCUGCCCGCAGUCCAUCAUCGUGGAGUACCGGCGGGAGCGCGUCGUGCUGACCCGCAAGCCCGUCCGCGGGGUGAUGACCAAUGAGAUCAUCUUCAACAACGAGGUGGUCAGCCCGGGCUUCAGGAAAGGCGGCCUCGUCGUCUCCCAAAUCGGCAUCAAGAUGUACGUGGCCAUCCCCGAGAUCGGCGUCCAGGUCAUGUUCACGGGCCUCAUCUUCUCGGUGGAGGUGCCCUUCAGCAAGUUCGCCAACAACACGGAGGGCCAGUGCGGCACCUGCACCAACGACCCGCAGGACGAGUGCCGCCUCCCCGGCGGGGCGGUGGUGACCUCCUGCUCUGACAUGUCCGGGUACUGGAAGGUGACCAACCCCGACCAGCCGUCCUGCCACGGGCCUCCCCAGACACGCCCGACCGUCGGGCCCACGACCCCGCCUGCCCCGUGCCCGCCCUCGCCAGUCUGCGAGCUGAUUCUGAGCGACGUCUUCCAGCCGUGCCACGCGGUGAUCCCCCCGAGGCCUUACUACCUGGGCUGUGCCUUCGACCACUGCCACAUGACCGACGCCGACGUGGUGUGCUCCGGCCUGGAGCUGUACGCCUCGCUCUGCGCCUCCCACGGCGUGUGCAUCGACUGGCGGGGCCGGACCAACCAAACCUGCCCCUUCACCUGCCCGGCCGACAAGGUGUACCAGCCCUGCGGCCCCUCCAACCCCCCCUUCUGCUACGGGGGCGACAGCGCCAGCCUCGUGGCCCUUCACGACGCCGGCCCCGUCACGGAAGGCUGCUUCUGUCCGGAGGGCAUGACGCUCUUCAGCGCGAGCAAGGACGUCUGCGUGCCCACAGGCUGCCCCCGGUGCCUGGGGCCCCACGGGGAGCCUGUGGAGGCCGGCCACACGGUCAGCUCCGAAUGCCAGGAGUGCACCUGCGAGGCCGGCACGUGGACCAUGAGCUGCCGGAGCCAGCCCUGCCCGCCGCCCCCCGCCUGCCCCGAGCCCGGACUCGUGCCUGUGCCUGCGUCCCCGCAGGCCGGCCAGUGCUGUCCCCAGUACACCUGCGCCUGCAACACCAGCUACUGCCCGGCGCUCCCGGCCUGUCCCGAGGGCACGCGCCAGAUCCUGACCCGCGAGGAGGGGGCCUGCUGCCCGAGCCAGCAAUGCCGCUGGACGGCCUGCAGUGUGAACGGCACCUUGUACCAGCCCGGCGCCGUCGUCUCCUCCAGCCUGUGCGAGACCUGCAGGUGCGAGGUGCCCGGCGGGUCAGACACGUUCAGGAUCAGCUGUGAGACCCAGACCUGCCACAGCCACUGCCCAGCGGGCUUCGAGCACCGGGCGCAGAGCGGGCAGUGCUGCAGGUCGUGCGUGCAGGUGGCCUGUGUCAUGAACACCAGCGACAGCUCCGCCCACCUCUUCUACCCCGGAGAGACCUGGUCGGAUCCUGGGAACCGCUGCGUGACCCACGAGUGUGAGCGGCACCAGGACGGCCUCGUGGUGGUGACCACGAAGAAGGCGUGCCCCCCGCUCAGCUGCCCGGCGGACCAGGCUCGGUUGAGCGAGGACGGCUGCUGCCUCUCGUGUCCGCCACCCCAGCCCCAGAACCGGUCCACCUGCGCCGUCCAGCACAAGCACCAGGUCAUCCGCCUGCAGGGCUGCAGCUCCGCGGGCCCCGUGCGCCUCGCCUACUGCCAGGGCAACUGCGGGGACACCGCCUCCAUGUACUCGCUGGAGGCCCAGACGCUGGAGCACAGCUGCCGCUGCUGCCAGGAGCUGCGGGCCUCGCCCAGGAACGUGACGCUGCGCUGCGCGGACGGAUCGCGCCGCGCCUUCAGCUACACGCAGGUGGAGGAGUGCGGCUGCGUGGGCCAGCGCUGCGACGCCCGCGGGGACCUCCACACGGAGGAGCCGGCGCCCCUGCAGAGGCGGGACCCCGAGCGCGGGCGCUGGAGCAGAGGGGCCCGGGCCCUGCCCCUGGCUGAGGGGCGCCUCCCUCCCCACUGA